AUGUCGAAUCCAACUGAAAUAUUGAUUGAGAAACUCAAACUUCGACUUAUCCUUCGCGAAAGAGUGUUUAUAAAAUGGGAGGAUGAAUCGCGUACACCUCGUACACUAGGUUCUCGUUUGAAGUGUAAUGGACAGAAUCUCAACUUUUUCAUAGCUAUAUACCAUGAUAAAGAAGGGCACCUUCAUAUUCACUUUUCCCUUGAAGUAUCUGUUAUACUUGGAACUAAUAAGCAGAAAAUAGAGAUGUUAUUGGUUGUUCCCCCUGAUACCCAUACCAACUUCUCAGAUACUACCAAGCCUUGUUUGAUAUCCAAUAUCGGAAAUUUAUCUCAUCUCGAUGCUUCUGCUAUUCACGAUGCUGAAAUCAGCGAUUCAAUGCAUGUUAUUUGUUUACAAUUCGAUCUAAUCGCAAAGGGGUUUAUUAUUACAAAGAAGAAGAAGAAUAUUACAACUAUUAAACCUCGAAAUUACAGCUCAAAAGAAUUGAUCGGUAGCUUUGAAUCUCUAUCUGAUGCGAAAACCUUCACUGUAUAUAUCAAGCCAAAUGAUUAUGCAUUGGUAGGUCUGGAAGAGGUUCGUAGUCGCAUAAGCAAUACUGGCACCAACAUACACAAAACCAAUAUGAAGGAAAUAUACAUUGGACAAACACCUGCAUUGGUGGAAUGGAGUAGACUUGGCCCAGUAUCACUACUACCACCAUACACCAAGAAUCCUGAUCUGCUCCUGGAAGUGCAGGCUCCCCGGUCACUACCAAUCUUCGAACAGGAAACAUCAUCGGUCAAUAUUAUCGGAGCAACAACUACAGAGACACUACCUCAAACUCUACCUCGUCAUAACUCGACGAUGGUGCAUGACACACUCUCUCAUGACUGUGAAGAACUGCUGCAUAUUCCAGUGAAUUUGGAUGACGUCGAAAACGAUCCGAGAUAUAUCGAAAUCAACUUCGAUGUGGAUUCGGACGAGGAACAGCUCGCCAAAGCACAGCUUGCUAACUUAGACUCUCGGGGAUUAAAUCAACAACUCGAUUAUAAUUCCGAGAUAUCACAAGCUCUUAACUCGAGACUGUUGAAAUGGAUACAAACAACGAUGCGAAUCAACUCAAAUGUUUACGAACACAAGCGUUUAACUACCAAGUUGUCAAUUCUUGGUAACUGUGUUCGUAAAUCAGACAUUCGUUUAUUUAAUGCUACUUUGUUUUGGUGCUCUGCAUUGUUUUUCUACGAUCCGCUCGAUUCCGACCCUGAUAACACCCUCGGAUUAUGGAAGGAAACAAAUUCGUGGCUUAUUUCAGAUAUAGCAAACCUGAUUCGAUGGGCUAAUGGAAUCCAUCAUGAUAUCGAAAUAGAUAUAGUAUUGAUAAAGCAUUUCAUGAAGCUAGGGGAUGUUGCUCGUGUUACUGCUCUAGAUAGUAGAUGUAACAAAGACAAGUAUUAUGAUCAGAAAGGAGUCUGUACUACUUGUGUGUUGACAGAGUUUAACAAGCUGGGUAAUGGUGAUAGCAAAGAGAAAAACAAACUUGUUUGUCGAAAACGAAAAGGCUUAGGAGCUCAUAACACUGCUUCUAAGUUAAUCAAAAUGUAG